AUGUCCCUUUCUGAUGGAACACUUGAUGAAGAAAUGAGACCUGAUAUACUGUUGACAGAUAUUGUGGAGCUUUUAUAUGGGACUCAUAAGGUUAUUCUUUUUAAAUGUGAAUGGUGGGAUGUACAUACAACAAGGGGAGUUAAAGAAGAUAAGUAUGGGUUCAUAAUGAUAAAUACUACUCGCAGGCUGUCAACAGAUGAGCCAUACGUUUUGGCUUCGCAAGCAGAGCAAGUAUAUUAUGUGAAUGAUACUCAAGAUCCAAAAUGGUAUGUCGCGGUAAAGACUAAACCUCGUGAUUAUUUUGACACUCCUCCCACUGAUAAAGAAGAUGCCACUACUAAAUCAAGUAAAUCCAGUCCUGAAGCUUGCCAAGAAAAUGAAGUAAUAACUGUGCCGAAUCCAAAUACAAUAGAAGAUGAUGACACAAGUAUAUUGGACACACCUCAAGUUGAAGCGGAAGCUGAAGGUAUGCCUGUGGCUGUGGAAGGUAAUCCGAUACUCCAUUACGAGGGUCACGUUCAGGAUGAAGAUGAGCAACAAGAAUCUGAAAGUGAUGACAGCGAAGGUGGUGAGUACAUGGAUUCAGAUGACGAAGACAGUGAAUCGGAAGAAGAAAUAGAUAACGACUAG